AGCCUGAAUAGUAACACAAGAAAUCAAUGGAAGACGAUGAUUGGGAUCUUUACGCUGUGGUGCGCAGCUGUAAACCUGCCACCACUAGCGCCAGAGUCUCCACCACCUCGUCAACACCCAACCCAGUUGACCACGAGGACUCAGCAGAGCCGUCGUGGAUGUGGGAUUGGGUGAAGGACGAGGAGGAGGUGGAGACUCAUGUCCCGACUGCCAGUUUUUCCAAUAUUCUCGAGUCCACCAGAGCCGGUGCUUUCGAUGGCUUGGACGAGUUUUACCAACCCUUUUUCCCAAGCUCCGCCGUUGAAAAUAUCAACACCAUCGUCACCACCACCGCUGCUAAUAGUUAUGCUCAUGCUGCUACUAUUAUUCCCAAUUCCCCUACCACCUUUAUCUCUGACUUUGGAGGAGGAUCUAUUAUUAGUGGCCAGCAACAACUACAACAACAGCAGAAUAAUUUCCUGCCUGCCAACACUAACGGCCCUCAUUUCAACCCCGGAUUCGCACCGGUUUCGAGUUUAGGGAGAUUCCCUGAGCAACAUCUACUAAAACUUACCAAGCUCGAAAAGCCUGAGUAUCUGGAAGAGGAGAAUUCGAGGCUCAAGCCGGUCACUUUGGUCGGGCCAGCCUUGCCGCACAUGCAAAUUCCGCCGCAGCUGAUUCGAACAAGGAAAAGGAAGAGCCCGGUGAAGAAGAUGGUGUGCCAUUUGACGGCAGAGAAUCUCUCCUCGUCGGAUUUGUGGGCGUGGAGAAAAUAUGGUCAAAAACCUAUCAAAGGCUCUCCACAUCCGAGGAAUUACUACCGUUGCAGCAGCUCAAAGGGUUGCUCCGCGAGGAAGCAAGUGGAGCGAAGCAACGAGGACCCUAACAUGUUUGUGGUCACAUACAGCGGGGAACACACGCAUCCUCGUCCAACUCACCGCAACACUCUCGCCGGAAGCACCAGGAACAAGGCCGCAGCCACGACUUCGAAAGCGAAAGAUCCCGAGUCUCCCACGGUGCCAGCUGCUCAAGGUGGUGGUGGUGAUGAUGAUGAGCAAGCUGCCAUUAACAGCUCCGGCGAUGGGGACAAAGCUAGCGAGGAAGCCGAGGAUGACGAAAUGGAAGAAGACGAGUAUGAUGAGGAGUUUGUGGUGUCGUCGGAGGAGGACAUAUUCUUGGGGAUGAAGCAAUUGGGUAGAACUGGUUCAGGAGGCGGCACUCUAGGGUCUUUGGGUGCUGGAACUUCUGGUGAUGGUUUUUCGGCUAAUCAGUCGAAUUUGGGGUCUUCUUGGGGGACAAGUUGCCCGUCCUCUGCCGGAGCCGCCGUCAGAGGUGGCUGCUAAGUAAUUAAUAAGAUAGCCGACAGGUUAAUUGGGGGUAUACACAGGUUCUGGGUUACUUUGUUUAUUGUGCUUACCUGUAAGUAGGUUGUGUGAUAAGAGGGAGAGACGGAUCGAGGGAAGAAGGGUUGGGUUGGAUACUUGGAUAAGUUGGAUUGAUUCUAAGACUGUAUAGAAAGCAGGAAAGAAUCUAUCUUCCCUUUCAAUUACUCCAACCAUAAUGAGAGAGUUUCAUGUUUUUUUAGCUUCAUU